AUGGGGGCGCUAAACCAACUUCUCAAUUUAUUCUUUAUAUGUGUUGCGUACUAUUUUUACCAGUCUUAUGUUUAUAAGCGGCCGAGUUAUAAAGAAGUUGUAAAUAUUCGUCCUCGGUAUGAUUUUAUCAUUGUUGGCGGUGGCUCAGCGGGUAGUGUACUGGCUGCCAGAUUGUCCGAGAAUGCCUCGAGAACUGUCCUAUUGUUGGAGGCUGGGGACUCAGACUUGGGCCAGCCAGAGCUCUACACACCAACCCGGGUGUCCGAACUCUUUCUGAGCCGUUUCGACUGGGCAUACUACACAGAGCCUCAAAAACACAGCAGCUUGGGUCUCGAAGGACGGCGUUUCAUCAACUACAUGCAGUGGAGCAGAGGCAACAGAAAGGACUACGACAUGUGGGCCCAGCACGGCUCCAAAGGUUGGAGCUACACGGACGUGCUGCCUUAUUUUAUCAAAUCGGAGGACUUCAUAACCAAAGGCAAAAUAAAUGCAGAACAGCGAGGCACGACUGGACCAAUCAAAGUUACAGAAAUAAAGGGAUUUGAACUGUCCCAAGAUUUCAUAGACGCAGCUACCAUUCUUGGUUACCCGGAACGAGAUUACAACGAUGGCGAACAGGAAGGUGUGGCCAGAACACAAGUUAACAUCUUCCGAGGUGAGCGGUGGAGUGCUUCUCGUGCCUACUUGUGGCCGGCAGCUCAACGGGAUAAUCUCGAUAUUGUCACAGGAGCAACAGUUCACAAAGUCUUGAUUGAGAAUGGUCGUGCUGUCGGUGUGGCUUACAGUCAAAGAGGACAGCGAUCAACGAAGCUACACCAGGCAAAAUCUAUACGGGAAGUUGUCGUAUCAGCUGGAGCAUUUGGGUCGCCUCAGCUACUGAUGCUUUCUGGUAUUGGGCCUCGUCAGCAUUUGGAGGCACUUAAAAUUCCUACAGUAGCAGACCUUCCGGUGGGCAACAACCUCCAGGACCAUAUUCUCACCGUGGUCUUUGUGAAAACCAACAGCAGCAGGGGAGCUCCAAGCCCGUCAUCGUAUCAUCAGCUGGAGUAUCAGGUCUUUGGAACAGGUUUACUGAGUUCACCUGGCGGGAACGUUGGACUUGCGUACAUGAAAUCACGACCUGCCUUACCUCAGCCAGAUAUCCAAAUGAUUCUUGGUGAUACACUCAUUGGGAAGCGGUUUAUGAAACUGAUGCCUGGGCUUAGUACAGAGAUGAUUCAGCGGUGGAAUAUUGAUUUAGAUGAGCCAGGAUUUAUGCUUCUUCCUACUUUUCUACCAUGCCGGAGCCGCGGGACUGUUCGUUUACGAAGCAGCAACCCGUUGGAUCACCCAGCCAUUGAUCCAGCUUUCUUAGAAGAUGAACAGGACGUCGAAGGGCUUGUACGAGGUAUCCGCCUGGCCGAGCAGUUGAUAAACACAGACGCGCUUAAACGGCAUGGAUCCCACGUUGACAAGACCCCGCUCCCAGGCUGUGAGACGAUCCAGUUUGAUACUGACAGCUACUGGCGUUGUUAUGUACGCCAUCUUGGAGUCACAUCUCAUCACGCAGCUGGGACAUGCAAGAUGGGAGCGGAUGAUGAUGUUACCGCUGUUGUAGAUUCCAGGCUACGAGUUAAAGGACUGAGCGGCCUCCGAGUUGUAGAUGCUUCCAUUAUGCCGUUACUAAUUUCAGCGAAUACAAAUGCACCGACGAUCAUGAUUGCGGAGAAGGCCGCUGAUAUAAUUUUACACGACAAUACCCACUAG